GCUGCUCCUCGGAGCAUUUCUGAGGUGUGUCUCACGUCUUCUGACCUUUGUCUUACCGGGUUCCAUGAUCCAUCUAGCGCCUAUCUCAAACGUACGCGUUCGUCUGUCUAUGUUGGACUAUCCUUUCUCUCUUUAGACGGUAGCCCCUUCACAUGUAGAGAGAGAGAGAGAGAGAGAGAGAGAGAGAGAGGUUGCUUGCUUACUUGGGGGUGGAAUUCGCUCUUCCGUCUUGUCCUCUUCCAUCACUUAGUACCAGAUUCUGCCUUCUUUCUUCCCUUCAGAAGAUCUCUGUCUUCCUUCUGAGAGGAUCUCUCUUUCUCUCUCUCAAAGUUGUCCCCACUCUGGGUUUCUCUCUCCACGAUUUUAAAAGUCUGGGUAUGAUUUACUUGUUGAUUUUUCUUUCGCUCUUCAUUGCGGGCUAUUGGUAGCGUUCGAUGAGAUGAUCCCUUGGGGUGGCGUAAGCUGCUGUCUAAGUGCUGCCGCGCUUUAUCUCUUGGGCAGGAACAACGGGAGGGAUGCGGAGGUUCUGAAGUCUGUAACGAGGGUUAACCAAUUGAAGGACUUGGCACUCUUACUGGAUACUGCAUGCAAAGUACUGCCUCUCGUUGUUACCAUUUCUGGACGAGUUGGAUCAGACACGCCGAUCAAAUGUGAACAUAGUGGCCUGAGAGCUGUAAUCUUGGAGGAAACGGCAGAGCAACACUUUUUGAAGCAUAAUGAUGCUGGUUCUUGGAUCCAAGAUUCUGCUUUGAUGCUUUCUAUGAGUAAAGAGGUCCCCUGGUAUCUGGAUGAUGGAACUGGGAGGGUGUUUGUUGUUGGUGCAAAACAAGCCACUGGCUUAGUUUUAACUGUUGCUAGUGAGGUUUUUGAAGAGUCAGGACGGUCACUUGUACGUGGUACAUUGGAUUAUCUACAAGGGCUUAAGAUGCUUGGGGUGAAGCGCAUUGAGAGAGUUCUUCCAACUGGUACCUCUUUGACUGUUGUUGGUGAGGCUGUGAAGGAUGACAUAGGAACAAUAAGGAUUCAGAGACCACACAAAGGGCCAUUUUAUGUUACACCUAAAAGCAUUGACCAGCUCAUCUCAAACCUUGGCAAAUGGGCAAGAUGGUAUCAGUAUGCAUCAAUUGGAUUCACAUUUUUUGGCGUCUAUCUGAUUGCUAAACAUGCAAUCUGGUACAUUCUUGAAAGAAGGCGGCGGUGGGCUCUUCAACGAAGGGUCCUUGAGGCCGCUGCACAGAGGUUAGAGCAGGGAAAUCAAGUUGAUUUAGCUGAAUUUUCAGGCUCUGAUGGGAAAUCUGAGAAUAGUUCAGACAUUGAUACUUCAAAGAGAGAUCGUGUAAUGCCAGAUCUGUGUGUAAUAUGCUUGGAGCAGGAAUAUAAUGCAGUUUUUGUACCGUGUGGCCACAUGUGCUGUUGCACAGCUUGUUCUUCACACUUGGCUAAUUGCCCACUUUGUCGCCGAAGGAUUGAGCAAGCAGUGAGGACCUUUCGUCAUUGACGCUGAUUGCCAUUUGCAUGGAGCACUUCAGUGUUCACUUUCAGGCACUGCACCACAACAGGAAUUUGGAUGCUGUGGAGCUGUAUGUUGCUUGACUUGAUUGGUCCAAUUGUUGUGGCUGUUGACGGGGGCGGGCGGUGUCACCCUGCAACUAUUGCCUGCCUUGCGUCCGCAAAUGGUGUAAAUGUUCAUGAACAAUCUCCCUUAACUAGGGUUAUCAAUGCGUCACUGAUAUUUGUAUAUUUACAGUACUUGUUUGCACAAGGCUUUCUAGUCCGACUAUCAAAAUUUUAAUUACUUUCUCAAAUGAGUUACAGAGAACUGUGUACCGUUAACUUGA